AUGUCUGGCGUGGAGGAAGAUUGGCUUGAUUGGCCCAAGCCGUUUCCAGGACUUCGGCCUGUCCAGGCUGAAGAACUUCAAGCCAUCAUGCAAAUAAUGAGCUGCAAACCUCAGCAAUCAUGUUACGAAGCACACACCAACACGCCCAAGCUUCUAAAGCCUUCAAUUGGCUGGGCAAGGCCUGGGGUACUUUCAUUUGAAAUUAGGUUGACGCUCUGGCAAGCGUUUUCCCCCUUUCAAGUGGGAAGGUUUAAGGGCAUGUCAGCAUUGGAAAGUAUGGCGAUCAUGUAUGGCGAUCUGUGUGGCGAUCUGUAUGGCCGAAAAUGUGACAACAGACAUGUGAUGAUCAAAUAUUAG